AUGUCGCUGUGGGUCAACUAUCGACCUGACCAUCUCCCCCCGCCCGUCGCCAUGUCGCUGAACGCAGAGCCUGCCGCGCCCGAGGAGCGUGAAGCCCAGCACCUGCCGCCCAAGUCGUAUGCCGACGCCGCCGAAGAAGCGCUCGAGCCUCCAUCACAUGCGAAUGGCACCGACGGCGCUGCUGAGAGCAGUGCGCACGCCGAUAAUGUUGAGAAAGAGGGGGCCAAGACCAAUGGCGUUGGCAUUCUCAGGAUCGUCGACGUCGACGGGCACCAAGACGACGACAGGAAGUCAGCGGCCGAGGCGACACAGCAAUCGCCCAAAGAGUCGUCAAUCAAGGACCAGGAGUCGUACGAAGGCACUGGCAUCGACGAGACGCCCAAGAGCCCCAAGGCGAAGACGCACCGCAAGAAGAGCUCGCGCAGCUCCCUGGGCUCUGUUGGGCGCACGUACGGCGUGUCGAUAAAGAACGAUCUCAAGAGUGCAGCGUCCGAGGUCCAGGACAAAGCAAACGACCUCGGCAAGGAGGCGGACGGCAAGCAGGAGACGCUGACGCAAGAAGCACACGACGCGAGAGAGAAGGUCGACGACAUGCUUCUGCAAGAGAAGCCUCGACUCGUCAACGGUGAUGCAUUGACGACGGUCAAGCCACCCAAGGAGGCCGAGAAAGAUCGCCGCAUUGACAAGCCAUCGAAGCGCAGGAACUCAGAGCUCAAGGCUGGUCGACAGGCAGGAGCUGGGUGGGCCAAGAGCAAGAUACGAUUUGCACCGAUGAACAUCCCUCUCCAGCGCCGACUCCAGACAUGCGCCGUGUUGAUGCACACGCUGAGCAUCGUUGGCUCGCUCGCCAUCUUCUUCUUCCUCUGCAGCAUUCCCCUUCUCUGGCCCAUUCUGCUGCCUUACACUGUAUACGUCCUUUUCUCCAACGCCGGCACGUCUGGAGAACUGUCGUUCCGCAGCGAACGCGUGAGGCGGCUGAAGGUCUGGUCGCUCUUCGCCUCCUAUUUCCCUGCUCGCCUGCACCGUUCGCAGGAGCUGGAGCCUACGAGGAAGUACAUCUUCGGCUACCAUCCACACGGCAUCAUCUCCCACGGCGCCUUUGCUGCUUUUGCUACAGAAGCGUUGGGCUUCUCCCAGCUGUUCCCGGGCAUCACCAACGCGCUGCUGACGCUCGACUCCAACUUUCGCUACCCCAUCUACCGCGAGUACGCACUUCGUCUCGGCAUGGCCUCAGUCUCGCGCGAGUCCUGCGAGAACAUCCUGUCCAAGGGCGGACACAACGGCGAGGGCAUGGGUCGGGCCAUCACCAUUGUCGUCGGCGGCGCCCGCGAAUCACUCGAUGCACGACCCGGCGUCAUCCGCCUCGUCCUCCGCCGUCGCAAGGGCUUCGUCAAGAUGGCCAUCCGUACCGGUGCCGACCUCGUCCCCGUGCUCGCGUUUGGCGAAAACGACAUCUACGACCAGGUCGACAGCGAGUCGCACCCUCUACUCCACAAGUUCCAGAUGCUCGUCAAGAAGUUCAUGGGCUUCACCGUCCCCAUCUUCCACGCCCGCGGCAUCUUCAACUACGACGUUGGCAUGAUGCCCUAUCGGAGGCCCAUCAACAUUGUCGCUGGUAGGCCCAUCAGGGUUGUGCAGGACAAGCAUCCCAGCCCCGAGUAUAUGGAUGAGGUGCACGAGCAGUACAUCGACGAGUUGAUGCGCCUAUGGCACGAGCACAAGGACACAUUUGCUAAGCAGAGGACUGGCGAGCUGGAAAUCGUCGAGUAG